CAGCAACCGGCUAAGAUGCAAGACUUUAUUAUACGAUUAAUAUUUUGCAUAUUGUUCGUAGCCAAAUCGCAACAGUUGCCUUCAAGUUUGUCUGUUGUCACUAAUAGUUCUGGAUUAAAUAAGGAUAGCUUAACAUGGCUAAAUACACAGAAUAAUGAAACUACUGAAGAUCUUCUAUGUGGAAUGUCAGAAUUUGAAGAGAAACGUUUUAGUGGACAUUUUGCGCCAAUUGACGAAUAUACCUGGAUGGCUCUAUUGAUGUACGAAAAAACCGCAUACGAUUUUACUUCGGUUUGUGAAGGGGCAUUGAUAAGUAAAUCAUUUGUCAUUACCGCUGCACACUGCUUAACGGGAUCUAUGCUACAGGAAAUGGGACACUUAAUGUAUGUUCGUUUAGGUGAGUACCACGUGUCAAAUGACCCGGACUGUAUAGUGGAAGGUCAGUUUCAAGAAUGCACUGAUGAAAUAAUUGACGUGAGACCGAAAAGCAUCAUCGUUCACCCGGACUACAAAGUGUCCAAUAGAAGUCUACACCAUGACAUCGGGUUGAUUGAAUUGAACCAUCCAGUCAAGUUCUCGUGCUUCAUUCGCCAUAUUAGCUUACCAACCGAGGACAGUGGCAUAAUGGGAACAAGUUUUUUCGAGAGUGGUUGGGGCCCAACGGACAUAUUUAAUGACAAGACAACUUGUGUGCCAAGUCCUAUCAAAUUGCAAAAGAAACUUUCUUAUACUGACCACGACACAUGCUCGGAUGCUUACCGAUCACAGCGCGUUCAGCUUACCAGCGAUCAAAUAUGCGCAGUUGAUAGCAGUUCCAAGGGUUCAUGUUCUGGAAACGUCGGAACACCGUUGGUGCAGUGGAACAAAAAUAAAUCUGCUUGGAUGUUAACUGGACUACGAAGUGCACAGUACUUCGAAAACGGUGGCAAACCGGGAAUCUACACGAAUGUCUACAAAUAUGUACAAUGGAUAAAAACUAACGCACAGCUGCAAUAAAAUAACUG